AAGUGCCGGUAACUGCAGGAGGCAGAGAGAGAGGAGAAGAGGGAGAGCAAAGGCAUCAAGGGGAAGACCACUCUGCACUAAAAGUCUACAGAACUUGUUUGCCUGCCUCUCAAAGAUUGUGAGGUCUGAUUCCACCAGACAGUCGACCACCCUUUUCCUCUUGUCUGUCUGCUAUUCUACUCCUUGCAGCCAUGGCACCCACUCUAGCCACCGCAUUUGCCCGCCGCUGGUGGAUGGCAAUAACAGCCAUCAUUGAAAAUCUGCUCUUCUCUGCCGUUCUGCUGGGUUGGGGCUCCUUACUCAUCAUGCUGAAGUCUGAGGGUUUCUAUGCAUACCUCUGCACAGAUCCAGGAAACAGCUCGACGGCAAACUUCUCAUUACCAGCUGUGCCUUCAUCACUGUCGAAUGAUGCAGAUUAUGAAUAUGAUGAGUUUCAGCCUGCCCAGCGUGAUGGCGGCGUGGAGGUGGUCCCUCUAAACCAUCCGGAGGACAAUCUGAGGAUGAACGGCUGGCUCAUCUGUAAAGAACAGGAUGAGAUGCUGAAUCUGGCCUUCACCGUGGGCUCCUUCCUCCUCAGUGCCAUCACACUCCCUCUUGGAAUUGUCAUGGACAAAUACGGCCCACGCAAACUCCGCCUGCUUGGAAGUGCCUGCUUUGCCCUCUCGUGCCUUAUGAUUGCUUAUGGAGCCAGCAACCCAAAUGAUCUGUCCGUUUUGAUUUUCAUCGCUUUGACUUUUAAUGGCUUUGGAGGAAUGUGUAUGACCUUCACUUCACUUACGCUUCCCAACAUGUUUGGCGACCUGCGUGCCACCUUCAUCGCACUCAUGAUUGGCUCGUACGCGUCCUCGGCUGUCACCUUUCCUGGGGUCAAGGUUAUUUAUGACCUUGGUGUGACCUUCAUCACGAUUCUGGUGGUCUGGGCAGGCUGUGCAGGCCUCGUCUUCAUCAACUGCUUCUUCAACUGGCCCUUGGAGCCUUUCCCUGGACCCGAGGACAUGGACUACACUGUCAAGAUCAAGUUCAGUUGGCUGGGAUUUGACCAUAAGAUUACAGGAAAGCAGUUUUAUAAGCAGGUGACAACAGUAGGCAAGCGUCUUAGCGUGGAUAACACUCAGAAACAGAAAGAGCUUGCCAAAGAGGGCCAAAAACUCUGCCUGUCCACCAUGGACCUGGAACUGCAGUGUGAGGCCAAGGAGGAAACUCAGUCAUUCAUGAAGAGCAUUUUCAGCCCUCUCUUUAUGUUGAGUCUGGUGACCAUGUGUGUAACUCAACUGCGUCUCAUCUUCUACAUGGGAGCCAUGAACAACAUCUUGGAGUCCCUCAGUGGAGGAGAUUUCAACACUGUUGAGAGAAUGGAAUUGGUGAGCCUCUACACCUCCAUUUUUGGCAUGAUGCAACUCUUGUGCUUGAUGACAACGCCGGUCAUUGGUCAGAUUAUGGACUGGAAGCUAAAAGAAUGCGAUGAUGGAGAAAACGAUGAAAAAGAGCCCAACAAGGACGAGCCCCAGCCCAAACGCAGAGACAGACAAAUUCAGAAAGUCACCAAUGCCACACGGGCCUUCAUCUUCACCAACAUCCUCCUUGUCGGCUUUGGCAUCACCUGCCUAAUUCCCAACCUCCCUCUUCAGAUGCUCUCGUUUGUCCUUCACACCAUCGUCAGAGGCUUCAUCCACUCCGCCAUCAGUGGACUUUACGCCGCCGUGUACCCAUCAUCUCAGUUCGGCAGUCUGACAGGAAUGCAGUCAUUGGUUAGCGCUGUGUUCGCUCUGCUGCAGCAGCCUUUGUUCAUGGCCAUGAUGGGACCACUGAAGGGAGACCCACUCUGGGUGAAUGUUGGUCUGCUGGUUGUCAGCAUGCUGGGCUUCCUGUUACCACUCUACCUGCUGUUCUUCAGGAAAACCCUGCACAAAAAGAGGAAGGAGAAAGAAAACGAUGCUAAAAUCUAUCUCAAAAUCAAUGGCACUGACGUACCAGAGGCAUUUGUAUAAAGAAAGCAGAUAAAGGGAAAAACAAAGGCAUGAGAGAAUCAUCACAGCUACACAAAAACACAAAAACAGAGACGAUUAAAUACUUUUGUGCCUCUUUCUUAGAGGUUUACUGAGUAACUCAAUGGACGAAAAGAGGAAUGAGAGAGACAGAAAGCAACCCUCUUCUUCGCCAUUUUAUUUUCAUUUACACAGAUAUUUUACAUUACGCAUUUGCACAUGUGAUAAAGUUUCAACCCUGACAGUUUCUCCAUAAAACCAGGGGCAUUUCAGUAUACAGCAUUAUAUACACCGUUUAUGCCAACUGGACGUGAGCCAGCCUGGCCUGCACAGACGGUGUUAUGAUGCCAGUUGGCUGUCUUGCCCAGGAACACCCAAAACAGCCCUAUUCAUUCAACUAAACUUCACAAGGGAUAAACCAUUACAGCCCCAGUUUACACUGUAAUAGUUGUGGUGCAAUGCAGUUGUAUUCACUAAAGACCACAUUUUUCGUUUAUAAUGAUCCACAAAGGGCUUUUUACAUUUUUCUAUGAAACAAUGUUGUAUUUAUGAAAAAGAUCUGUGAUCUCUUUUGAUCAUAGGUCCUUUAUGAAAGCCACAAUUUGUGCAUUUCAGUUUGUAUAUAUGUUUUUACACUGCAUGCGCAUGAGAUGCAUACAUAAAAGAGGCUGAAAUGCUUAUGAUCUGCGAGGUGUUGGCUGAAAGCUGAGGCGCAGAUGUCAGGGCAACAACAGCACUUUUAACACAUGUCCCAUAACCCCUCCUCAUGACCCAUAAUUCCCUUUUUCUGUCUUUCACUAACAUUCUAUGAUAGUUCAGAGUAAAUUAAGAGUCAUUUGUGUCACUGAUCUUAAGAUCAAGUUAUAAUGGACCUCUGAAGUAAAAUAUUAUACAGAAA